AUGGAAAGAGCAAAUCAUUCAGUGGUAUCUGAAUUUAUUUUGCUUGGACUUUCCAAGUCUCAAAAUCUUCAGAUUUUAUUCUUCCUGGGAUUCUUUCUGGUGUACGUGGGGAUUGUGUUGGGAAACCUUCUCAUCUUGGUCACCGUGGCCUUUGACUCACGCCUUCAUACACCAAUGUAUUUUCUGCUCAUCAAUCUGUCCUGUAUUGAUAUGAUCCUGGCUUCUUUUGCUACUCCUAAGAUGAUUGCAGAUUUCCUCCGAAAACAGAAGACCAUCUCCUGGUGGGGGUGUUACUCUCAGAUGUUCUUCAUGCACCUUCUGGGUGGCAGUGAGAUGAUGCUGCUGGUAGCCAUGGCAAUAGACAGGUAUGUGGCCAUAUGCAAACCUCUCCAUUACAUGACCAUCAUGAACCCACGGGUGCUCGUGGGGCUGUUACUAUCCUCCUAUGCGGUGGGAUUUGUCCAUUCGUCUAGUCAGAUGGCCUUCAUGUUAAAUUUGCCCUUUUGCGGCCCCAAUGUUGUAGACAGCUUUUUCUGCGAUCUUCCCCUUGUGAUCAAACUUGCCUGCAAGAACACCUAUGUCCUCCAGCUCCUGGUCGUUGCUGACAGUGGCCUCUUGUCCCUGGUCUGCUUCAUCCUCUUGCUUAUCUCCUACACGGUCAUCAUAUUCUCGGUCAAGCACCGGGCUGCGAGUGGAUCCUCGAAGGCCUUCUCCACUCUCUCUGCCCACAUCACGGUUGUGACGCUCUUCUUCGCUCCCUGUGUCUUCAUCUACGUGUGGCCCUUCAGUAGGUACUCUGUGGACAAGAUACUUUCUGUGUUUUACACAAUUUUUACACCUCUCCUAAAUCCUAUCAUUUAUACAUUAAGAAAUCAAGAAGUAAAAUCAGCCAUUAAGAAAAUAAGGUCUCGGCAUAUAAAUUCAAAGCACACUUUUUAG